UGUCCUUAAUUCUAAAGAUUUGAGCCAAGGAAGGGCAUUCUCAACUGAAACAAGCACAACCGAUCGCUUUCAGGUGCUUCCCUUGUCAGGUCAGUCGCACAUCAGUACCCCUUGUUCGGUGUUGGUAAAAAGUAACAUGCUUUCGCACGAUUUUUGCCUUGUUCAACCUUAAAAAGAAACAAACUAAUAGUUGUGACGACUACAAUGCUCUCUCCUUCAACAUUCUUGACGAGAAUUCCCAAAUGGGUCAAUCUAAAAGCAUUCAUUUCUUCAGUAUCUUGCACUAAUACCAUCCAAAUUAACCCAGAAAUCAAUCAAAACACGCCAAACUUUCCUGAUUUUGAUGUAAAGAUUCAAUCUUUGAGGAAUAAAUUGUACCCUGAUAACUUAAUUGAGGUUUUGAAAAGCACCUGUGAUGUUAACUCUGCUGUUAAGAUAUUCAAAUGGGCUGCCCUUCAAAGAAAGUUUAACCACACUGCUGAUACUUAUUAUUGGAUAAUUUUCAAGCUGGGUAUGGCUGGCAAUGCUGAGGAAAUGGAGGGGUUUUGUCAAAAUAUGGUAAAAGAGAGGUGCACAGGUGAAGAAGAUGUUCUUGUUUCAUUGGUUGAUGCUUUUGUUAGAAAUUGUAGGCUUAAUGAAGCAAUGCGUGUUCUUUUUAAUAUGAAUUUGGCUGGUAUUAAGCCUUCAAUUGAUGUGUUUAAUUUUGUUUUGGGUGCUCUUGUUGAAGAGAAGAGAGGGUUUCAAGAUGUGGUUUUUGUUUAUAAGGAGAUGGUGAAAGCAGGAGUGCCACCUAGCAUUGAUACUUUGAAUUAUUUGCUGGAGGUUUUGUUUGAGACAGAUAGGGUUGAUUCUGCUUUGGAUCAAUAUAGGAGAAUAAACAAGAAAGGGUGCCGUCCUGAUGGUAAGACUUUUGAGAUAGUAAUAAAAGGUCUCAUCGCCAAUGAUAGAGUUGAUGAUUCAGUUUCCAUUUUGCAUGAGAUGUUGGAACUCGGAUGCCUGCCUGAACUAAGUUUUUAUAGAACUACAAUACCUUUGUUUUGUAGGGAAGAUAGACUGGAAGAGGGGAUUAGGCUGUUCAGGAAGAUGAAAGAAUCUAAUUUUACCCCGGAUUCUUUUAUUUAUGGAGCUUUGAUACAGUGUUUGUGCAAGCAGCUUAGAUUGGAUGAGGCAGUAAACCUUCUUGAAGAGAUGAUGGAAAGUCAGUUGGAAGGUGAUAAUAAUGUUUUCGUGGAUGUUGUAAAUGGAUUUUGUAAAUUAGGGAAGACUAAUGAAGCUGUUAAACUCUUGGAAGAUAAACAUGUGCUUGAAACUUCUCCACAUAAUGCAUUGCUCAGAUGUUGUUGUGAUGCUGAUAAAUUUCUCAUGGCUAAAGGUCUCCUUGAGAAGAUGUCUGAGAGAAAUAUUGAUGAUUGCGAUUCUUGGAACAUUCUUAUCAGAUGGCUUUGUGAGAGGGAGGAAAUGGUGAAAGCAUACGAACUUCUAGGCAGAAUGAUUAUAUCUUCUUUGAUUCCUGACUAUGCCACAUAUUCUGCUCUUGUUGCUGGCAACUGUAGGUUAAGCAAGUAUGAAGAUGCUCUGCAGCUAUUUCUUCAGCUUCAUGCCAAGUGCUGGAUUUUAGAUCCUGCUUCUUACUCUGAGCUAAUUGAAGGACUAUGCAGGGGUGAAAAGUAUCUAGAGGCUGUUAAAGUAUUUUGCUACAUGUCUGAGAACAGAUGUUCUCUUCAGUCUUUGCCAUUUAUUAUGCUUAUCAAGGGUAUUUGUGACAUGGGAAUGAUUGGUGAAGCUGUCAGGCUACAAUCGUUGGCUUAUAACUCUGGUACUUCUUGUGUCAAUGCUACAUAUAAUUAUGUAAUGCUCAGAUUGUCUAAAUCAGAGCAGGGAAGACAUGUGCUAGCCUUUCUCUCACGAAUGUUGGUUCAGGGUGGCAAUCUUAAUACAGAAGCAUAUUGCAUUUUGAUACAGAGCUUGAUUGCACAAAAUCGAAUAAAGGAUUGCUCUAUGUUUCUCAAUGUGAUGGUUAAUAAGGGUUUAGUACCUGAUUCAGACACAUUAUAUAAUCUACUGUCAUGUUUGGCCAAGCAUUCUCAGUUGUACUUGAUUUCGGUUUCACUUGAUAAACUUGCUUCUGACUGUGAAGUUCUAGAUUCAGCCAUGUAUAACAUACUUAUUAAUGGCAUGUGGAAAGAGGGCAAUAAAAAUGAUGCUCGUCGACUGUUAGACUUGAUGUUGGAGAAGGGUUGGGUCCCAGAUGCUAUGACCCAUGGGUUGUUGAUUGGCUCUGCUGAUAUGGAGGAAAAGGGUGAGGGGAUGUUGGCAUAUGUUGAUCUUAGCACCAAAGAUGGCGUUGGUGACAUACUAGCUGAGGGAUUGGGGGAAACAUGAAUCUGCUUUCUGAGUUUUGGAAAGAUAGAAGAUCUCAAUUUCUUACUCAUUGCCAAGUCCAAAUGGUCAACCUGCAAAGGUGGCUUGGAACUUAAAGGUGACUGUAAACUGGAGAGAUGAUGGGUCUUCCAGGCCAGGUGACAAUGUCAUUCUUUAGGUUUUUGCUUUUGCUUUGAACGAAAAGAAGUGAGUUUCUCCAGUUUUCCCAGAAUUAUUGCUUGGUUGUUAGGUGCAUCACUGUUGUGAUUUUGCUGGCUCUGUCAACAGAGCUGCCCAAAACAUUAAUUCAGGCACCUUCCGAGGACUAAUUGCAGCUAUUCCAGUUGUUGGACUGCUAAUACUCAGGGACCCCUUUGCAGUAGCAUUGCAGAUGGUGCAAGAACUAAAACCUCAGUUCGUUAGCCUUAGUAGACAACAGAGGGAAUUGCUCGACUUCCUGAUUUAUCGUCCAGUAGGAUGAAAUCUUCUACUGACAUGUCUGAUGCUUUUGGCAGUUGUGUUCGUUUUUGUUACUUUUUUCGGAUGCAUUUUUCUUUCAGCGUGAGGAAUUGAGGCUUGCUUUAUGUUCGAAAGAGAAUGAGGCAGUUUACUGAACUUGAUCAAUAUGGUUGAUCCCUUUCUAUUUGGCACUGCAUACCAUGAGGCUACUGAAUCUUUGCUUGUGUUCUGGAUGUUUGCAGGUUCUUGAAUUCGUAUGGCAUGGGGCAUGGAUGAUGUUUGCUUGCUUCAACUGAGCUACGUCAAAAACCUUCAUUUUUCUUCUUGUGUUUCGGUGUUAUUAACAUAGCCUGGCAUUUCCCUUCAGCAAUGAAGAGUGAAAUGCCAAGGCUUUUUUUACUUUAUUCCUCGAAAAAAAUUGACCUUUUUUUUUUAAUUUCAAUUUUUUUUUAAUUAAAUUUUUUUUUCAAUUUCAUCAUUUAAUAUUAUAUUAUUAUAUAUUGGAUUUUAUAAUUUAUUUCGAUGGAGUUAUUCCGAUCUCAUGAUCUGAAUCACGAGUUUUGCGGGUUAGCCGUGUUGACUUGAGUCAUUUUUUAAUUAAAUUAUUUUUCAAUUUCAUCAUUCAACAUUGAGUUAAUUGAAAAUUGAGCUUCAUAAUUGUUUUUUAAUUACUUUUUAUGAGAUUAUCACAAUCUUAUAAUCGGGUUCGCGAGUUUUACAAAUUAGCUAAGUUGACUAGGGUUUUUUUGCUUUUUUUUUCGAAUUUUUUUUUAAUUUCAUAUUUUAACAUUGUGUUGAUUAGAAAUUGAACUUUAUAAUUUUUCUUGAUUUGUUUUAUAUAGAGUUAUCCUGGUCUCCUAACUCGGAUUUAGCGGAUUGAUCUGGAUUGAUUUAGGUUAUUUUUUUGUUUAUUUUUUUAUUUGAUUUUUUUUAAUUUUAUUCUUUAAUAUUGGAUUGAUUAAGAAGAUUAUUAAAAAUUAAAUUUUAUAAUUUAUUUUAGUUUGUAUUUUAUAAAGUUAUUCCGGUCUCAUGAUUUAGAUAAUAAAUUGGUCUUGUAAUGGAGGCAAUGAUACAGGACGGAUAUUUUGGUCUUGUGCUUUAGAGUAGUAGCAUAUGAACUAGCCUUGUGUGUGUGUUGAACAGGAAACUAUCUGUCUGAGUUUUGAGCUGUUGAAAGAUGUUUGAGAUUUGUCAAAUCAUUAAGUAUGAGCGUUGAGAGUCUAUAUGGAUGCAAUCACUGAAUGCGGCUUGUUAAUGUGUUGGUUUGCCAAGUAAUUAGAGUAGCUUCCCUCUCUGGUUGGGACCUUAAUUAGGGUGGCAUCUAAAUUGAUCGACUGAAUGUGAGCAACAUUCAUCUCAGUGAAGCGCUAACCCUCCCAGAAUAGCUCACUGGCAAGAGGAAGAUGUUAGAGGAAACAGGCAUCGGUGUUGUUGGUACAUACAGCUCACUGAAAGAGAAGCCAAAUCAACGAUCAUCCCAAGUGAUUUUUGUAAAGAAGGUAGCCUUUAGGCUGUUAUUAAUGGAUUAAAUAACAUCGAUGCCUCCCA